AUGCGCAACUUCGAAGUCGCCGUCAUCCUCGCCGCGGCCGGCGCCCUCGCCCAGACCGUCGGCACCGAGCACAACGCCGUCAUCGUCUCUGACAGCCCCGUUGGAGCCAAGUACAUUGCCAACUUCGAGGGUAUCAUCACCGGCCGCGUCCUCGCCGGCUCCGACGCCUUCGGUAUCGGUGUCACCUUCCACGUCGCCUUGACCGGUCUUUCCGAGGCCGACGGCCCUUACAAGUUCCACCUCCACGAGUUCCCCGUCCCCGCCAGCGGCGACUGCGCCGGCACCGGCGGCCAUCUCGACCCCUUCGGCAGGACUCAGGAACCCGCCUGCGAGAGCGAUUGGCCCGAGAGCUGCGAGGUUGGCGAUCUCUCCGGAAAGCACGGCACCGUCGAGGGAACUAGCGACGAGUACAGCUUCCACGACCUCUUCACCUCCCUCAACCCCGCCAACGACGCCUUCUUCGGCGACAAGUCCAUCGUCCUCCACAACAACAACGGCGACCGCGUCGCCUGCGCCAGCUUCGCCCCCGUCCCCAAGGAGACCACCGGCGAAGAGCCCGUCGAGGUCAUCCCCGAGCUUCCCGCCGAGGAGCCGGAGGAGGAGACCCCCGCCCCCGAGACCCCUCCCGCCGAGGAGGACGAGGAGUGCGAGGCCGAACCCGAGGAGCCCCCCGAGGAGCCCGUCACCGAGACCCCUCCCGCCGAGGAGGACGAGGAGUGCGAGGCUGAGCCCGAGGAGCCUGCCGAGGGCGGUCACCCCGAGGAGCCCGUCGAGGGCGAGGUUACUCCCGAGGAGCCUGUCGAGGGUGAGGUCACUCCCGAGGAGCCCGUCGACGAUCCCGAGAUCAUCGUUAUCGGCCCCAUCGAGGGUGAGGAGGAGGAGGAGGAGGAUGGCAUGAGGCUCGGACCUUGA